AUGGAUCCAAGAGGUCUAACCUUGCGGAAGAAGCGCAAGGAUCGUCCGACCAUCAGUGCACCUCAAAAUGCCUCUGGCCCCGGCAUAGGCAGACCAGGACUCCCUACACAGAACAAGUCCGCUAACACCCUCACUGUGCCGCGAGAUCGCAAUGCCCCUACCGAGACAUCUGACCUCGUCAAACGACGAUACUCCACAAGAUAUAAUCAACUCCCCGACUUCAGCAACCUCGGGACUCCAGCUGUUCCUGCCCUCCCGGGUCCUGGUACCCUCAAGCGUCGCUCAGGAGGCGCCUCCCCGCGUCGGCCAGGAGCAGGACCAACCUCACGUCCACUUGUCGUCGAGAACGACGUCCUCCGAGAUCCAAACCUUCAACAUGAACGCUAUGUCACUGACCUCCUCGCCAAUGCCUCUGAACAAGAUAUUCAAGAAUAUCAGAACAAUCUGCAGCGGCUCAAGGAACGCAACUCUCAAGAACUGCAGCAGAGCGUCUAUCAGAACAGGACACAGUUUAUCAAGAUCAGCAAAGAGGCGGAGAAGUUAAAGGCAGAGAUGGCCAUUCUACAGGGUCUCAUGUCCGAGCUGACUGGCACCCUGGGAACGGGGAAUGCAGGCUCCGCAAGCACUCCUCUGUCACCUGAGCCCAAUGGCAACACUCUGUCUAGAAGAAAUACAAACAGGACGUCGGUCGCGAAUUUGGAGCACAUGUGGAACAUCCAACUACAAGCACUGUGGAAGAAUAUAGAGAAAUCCCAAAAGUUCUUGCCCGCUGUGCCUGGCCGCCAUAUCGUCGCAGAGACGGGUACAUGGAUUGAGCUGGACUCGGCCACUUGGAAACCAAAACGGCCGGUUCAUAUUGUGCUUCUGAAUGACCAUCUUCUUGUUGCCUCUAAGAAGCGCAAGAGGGUGGACCCGAACGCACCUCAACAAGGUCCCGCCCCGACCAAAUUGGUCGCUGAGGAAUGCUGGCCGCUCCAGGACAUUGAAAUCAUCGACAUGGCGGCCAGUGUGGCGAAUGGCGGGACCACGACUCCAGCUGAGGAAAAGGCCAUUGCCUCAGCACUGACUAUCAGAUCUGGUGGACGGUCGCUUACCUACCGACACGAGAAACGCGACGAAAAGGCCAAGAACGGUCUUCUGAUGGCGCUGAGAAAGGCCACCGAGGACGUUCGCAAAGCUGCCAAAACUCAAGAAGAGCAAAGUAAUCCACUUCAGAGCGAAAGCCUGAACUACUUUGCUGCUCGCGAUCCGGCCUCGGCCAAAAACACCGAAAUCAUCGAAAGCCUCAACUCCUCCAAAGAGAAACCAGAUAUCCUCGUUGAAGUUGACGGCCGACAGCAAAAUUUUCGCUGGGUCGAGGGACAGAUUGAUGACUUAGACAUCGAAAUCUCCCUCCAACGCUUCGACGAAGCCGUUGAAAAGGUCGAAAAAUUGCGCAAGAUUGCCAAGAGCUUAAAGGGCAAUUCGAUCGCACAAGAGCUGAUCAGCGUCAGGGUUGAUGAGCGUGCCGGCAAGCUCGCCACGGUGCUCAGUCGAGAGCUGGUGGAGACUCCGUCUUUCAUGGAAGCCACGAAGCGCAAGGUCAGCUACCUCAUCCGCCUCGGGUUCGAGGACCGCGCAAGAGAAGCCUAUCUCAACGCCCGGAGUGACACACUCAUUAAACGGGCCCGGCAAUGCGUUUUCGAGGGUGAUUUGCAUCGCUAUGUGUUCUCCAUCUCAUAUGUUUACUUCACCAUUGUCAAGAACACCGUGCUUAUAUAUCAAGCUGCUUUCUCGCCGUUGACCAUCAGCGCUUGUGUCAAGUGGGCCGACUUACAUUUGGAGACGUUCAACACGCUGCUGGUGAGGCAGUUGAGUGCAAUCGACAAGCAAGGGAAGCUAUGGAGAGAAUGUAUGGAUGUGGUGUGGCAGCAUGAGAGGGAGAUGUUAGGGGAUUCCGGUCUAGAUUUUAGAGAGGUCAUCGGGCGGGAACUGGAGGUCAGGGAUCUUCCAAGUACGACAAAGCCGGGCGGAAACAGUGGAGCUUCUGCGGCGAGCAGGGAGCAGAGCCGGUCCAAGUCACGGACCAGAGGUGCUACGUGA